AUGUUUUCUUUCUUUUCGUUUUUUUUAUUUCCUACACUUAUUCUUUUAUUUUUUUCUUUUCCUUCCCUUUUCUCUACACUCUCUUUCUUAUUUCUUCUUCAUCGUUUACCUUAUUUUAUCUCUUUUCUUCUUGUUUCACUUUCUUCCGGAUUUCCUAUUCAUUUUCUUUUCUUUUCUUUUCUUUUCUUUUUUCUUUUCUUUUCUUUUCUUUUCUUUUCUUUUCUUUCUUCAGUCCUCUCUAUUGUUCUUGACUUCCUCUCUUAUUUUUUUCUGAAAACUUCGGAUUUAUUUCUUAUUAAUGAUUCGUUUGUGUCUUCCUUUAUUUUCUCUCUAUUCUCUUUCUCUUCCAAUUUUCACACCCUCCCAUUCCCUCUCUCUCUCCUUUGCUACUUUUUCUUCUUUCUCUCUCUCUCUCUCUCAUCCUCUCUCUCUCUCUCUCUAUCUGUAUGUAUGUAUAUAUAUAUAUAUCUCAGUUUCUAUCUAUCUAUCUAUCUAUCUAUCUUUUCUAUCUAUCUAUCUAUCUAUCUCCGCUCUCUGUCCCUCUCUGUAUCUUUUCUUUCUUUCUUUCUUUCUUUCUUUCUUUCUUUCUUUCUUUCUUUCUCUCCCUCCCUUCCUCUUCUAUCUAUUUCUCAUCUUCUUUCUCACGUUUCGCUCUCUCCUUAUCUCUCUUUCUACAAGGACGUUUUUUUUUCUGGGUUCUUUCUCUGUGGUUGCCCUCAUUUUUUCUUUAUUCCUUUUCUUUUCUUUCCACUGAUCUCUUUUUUUAUUGACCAUCAUUUUGCCCCUACUACCAUUCACACACUUUCUUCAUUUUUAUCUCUCUUUCUCUCCCACAUACACUCUCUCUGUCUCUCUCACUCUCUCUCUCUCUCUCUUCAUAUCUACUUUACUUCAGUCACUCUCCCUAUCUUUCCCUUCUCUCUAUAUAAUUCUCUUCUUCUAUCUUUCUCUCUCUCUCUCACUCUUCCUAUCUUCUUUCUUUCAGUCUCUUUGCCUCUCUCUCAGUUUCCUCUCUAUUGCUUGAUAAUUCUCUCCUUCCUAUCACCCUCUCUUCCUCUAUCUUUCUCUUUCUCUUCCUAUCUUCUUUCUUUCAAUCUCUUUCUCUUCUCUCUCUAUUUCUUGUUAAUUCUCUCCUUCCCAUCAUCCUCUCUACCGCUCUAUUUCUCUCUCUUUCUCUCCCUCUCUCUCUCUCUCUCUAUAUAUAUAUAUAUAUCGCUCUCUCUCUCUCUCUUCCUAUCUUCUUUCUUUUCGUCUCUUUCCGUCUCUUUCUCUUCUCUCUCUAUUUCUUGA